GAUUUGGUUUAAUUUUCUUUUAGAAUUUUUUAUAAUAAAUUUGAAAUUAGUUGAAUAGAUAUUCAUUUCAUUCUGGAAUAAGUGGGUCAGUUAGAUAAAUUGCACGAUGGAUACUGAUCAUAAUGAACAUAUAAGCAAUCAAGAUCAAGCAUCGAUAAAUAAUCAGAAUAAUGAACAGAAUAACCAAAAUCCUCAAACUAUUUCCAACUUGUCAGCAGGUCUCAAGUCAGUAAAUCUUAGUGAUCAACAGCAAAAUGAGGUUAAUCUUAAUUUAUUGCAGCAACAGUUGCAAAAUGAAGCAUCAACUCAGCAACAACAAUCAAGAAUUAGUCAUUUUUUCCAGAAUCAACCAACUGAAGGAUACACUUUAUUUUCUCAUCGGUCAGCACCCAAUGGAUUCAAAGUGGCCAUAAUAUUGUCUGAAUUGAAUUCUCCAUUUAAUACCAUCUUCUUGGAUUUCAAUAAUGGAGAACAAAGAGCUCCAGAAUUUGUUACUAUUAAUCCAAAUGCAAGAGUGCCUGCUUUGAUUGACCAUUAUAAUGAAAAUACUUCAAUUUGGGAAUCAGGAGCAAUAAUUUUAUAUUUGGUUUCAAAAUACUUAAAAGAACAUGGCGAAUGUCCUCUUUGGUCGGACAAUUUAAUUGAACAAUCCCAAAUUUCAAGUUGGCUUUUCUUUCAAACUUCUGGACAUGCUCCAAUGAUUGGACAAGCUUUACAUUUCCGUUAUUUCCAUUCCUGUCCGGUUCCAAGUGCAGUUGAACGUUAUACCGAUGAAGUUAGACGUGUUUAUGGGGUUAUAGAAAUGGCUUUGGCUGAAAGAAGAGAAGCUUUAAUUAUGGAUUUGGAUGUUGAAAAUGCUGCUGCCUAUAGUGCAGGUACCACUCCUUUAAGUCAAUCAAGAUAUUUCGAUUACCCCGUAUGGUUAGUUGGUGAUCGUGCUACAGUUGCUGAUUUAUCUUUCGUUCCUUGGAAUAACGUUGUCGAUAGAAUUGGUAUUAAUUUGAAAGUUGAAUUCCCUGAAGUUUAUAAAUGGACAAAAUAUAUGAUGAGAAGACCAGCUGUUAUUAGAGCUUUACGAGGUGAUUAACCGCGAUACAAUAAAGAUUUAUUACUUUUAAUGUUUUUCAUGUAUUACUAUAUGUAUAUAUGUAUAUCAAAU